CCUCCCCCGGCAGCACACCUCUCUCUUCCUUCACCCCAGCCCCCACCGUUCCUCGUUCCUGGCUCUGUUUGUUUAAAUUCCGUGUGGGAAGAGUGUGCACCGUUUAGAGUCGGUCUCAGACCAUGUUUUUCCUGACUCCAGUCUUGGUAGCAGUCGUCUGCAUUUUGAUUGCAUGGAUCUUUAAAAAUGCUGAUGGAAGAAGCAUGGAGGGGAGGAAGGGGGAGAACAGAGCCAGGGCCCAGACCCGUCCCUGGGUGGAUGAGGACCUAAAGGACAGUACUGACCUCCAGCAAGUAGAAGAAGAUGUUGAUGACUGGCAAGAGUCAGAGGAAAAUGUUGAACAUAUUCCAUUCUCCCACACCCGGUAUCCUGAGAAGGAAAUGAUUAAGAGAUCCCAGGAAUUUUACGAACUUCUCAAUAAAAGACGAUCUGUCAGAUUCAUAAGUAAUGAACAAAUCCCCAUGGAAGUCAUUGAUAAUGUCAUCAAAUCAGCAGGGACCGCCCCAAGUGGGGCCCACACGGAGCCCUGGACCUUUGUGAUUGUGAAAGACCUGGAUGUGAAGCACAAGAUUCGAGAGAUCAUUGAGGAGGAGGAGGAAAUAAACUAUUUGAAAAGGAUGGGACGCCAGUGGGUUACAGACCUGAAGAAGCUGAGAACCAACUGGAUUAAGGAGUACUUGGACACAGCUCCUGUUUUGAUUCUGAUUUUCAAACAAGUACAUGGUUUUGCUGCAAAUGGUAAAAGAAAGGUCCACUACUACAAUGAAAUCAGUGUUUCCAUUGCUUGCGGCAUCCUCCUGGCUGCUCUGCAGAAUGCGGGACUGGUGACUGUCACUACCACUCCUCUCAACUGUGGCCCCCGUCUGAGGGUGCUCCUGGGUCGCCCCGCAAACGAAAAGCUGCUGAUGCUGCUCCCCGUGGGGUACCCCAGCCAGGAGGCCACGGUGCCCGACCUAAUACGGAAACCUCUGGAUCAGAUCAUGGUGACCGUGUAGGCAGAAGCCCAUCAGGGAUGCUAGCAGACGAUGGCCUUGGUCCUCUCUUGUUUCUCUUGGGUCUGCAGGCUGCUCUGUCCAUGGGUGCUAGGUCUUGUUCCACUCCGCUCAAGAAAUCUUUCCACAUCAUCUGGCUCUUGGAGUCUGAGAAGCCCUGCUCCCAAGAGUGUGAUUAGGUGAACAAAUAUAUUAAGAGGGCAACGGGUACUCUCAUCCACUCUGGAAAUGCAUUAAACUUUUCCUAAGAACAGGCCUUGGUUUUUGAGUUUUAAAAAUUGUUUCUGAAAAAUCACUGGUGAUUUUUUUCUCUUACAUUUUAAAAGCUUUUAAGCAGUAAAGAGUCAUCAGAGCAUUCAAUGUAGCCCUGAGAACUCAGCUGUGACCAUUCUUGGAUUUAAAUUUAGAUUCAUCAAAUAGCCUCCGCCCUCUGACUUCUGGUGGCUUUUCGGCCAGAAUAUGCUUUCGAGUUAUACUCUUUUACUAAGCCCCAUGGAUAUCCUGCCAGUUUUUUUUUUUUUUUAUCCUGCCAGUUUUUAAUAAGUAACCAUCAAAAUAAUUAAAAUGUCACAGUCACAGAACAAAGAAGCACAUGCUCCGGUAGGUGGAUCCAACUGGCAACCCUCUGAACGUGUAAAGCGUUGGUUGCAUCACCGAGUGGUGUGUUGGAGCUGGCUCACACUAGCUUCUAGAGGCGGGUUGUUAAGUACUUGGGAAUUUUGUCAGUCAGUUAUUAAACUGUUUGUGGCUGGAAAA